GACACUCGGUUCUCAUUGCGCAUACAGAUAUCUUCCAAGCCGGUGGCUACAGAGAAGAAAGCACACUGCAAAACGUAGCCAUCCAAAUCUCUGGGAUCUGCAAUACUAGUCUGACCCCCAAGCACGCGAUCUCAAGCAAUUGCAACGUGCUCGAAAAGUGGGUCACAAACACUCAUGGGCGGGUUGCCAACGAUAUAAUUCACGGCCAUAGGACUGAUUAUCCCACCCGGAUCGAGUGCCGUAACUCUAAUAUGACGUUUUACGCUUAUGCGGCCAAUCUGCGGUUGUUGAGUCCGCAGCUUGAAAAUCUAAGCGACAAGCUGUUUUGGCAAUGCGUUCCGGAGUAUUUCAUCCCCGCAUCAGGUCAAACGCCAUAUGAAGCCUCGGUCUCAUUGUUCUGCAGACGAGUGAAAUUCAUAAUUAGAACUCUCUAAUUUUCUUGACAACUUCAACCGGAUUUCCACUUAAAAUGGCUUCGAGUACAGAGAACACCAGCGGGACUCGAUCAAAGAAGCUCAUUCUCAACGCUUUCGUUGAGUCCUGCAGUGGCCAUCAAUCGCCGGGUCUAUGGCGGCACCCCGAUGACCGUUCAUGGAACUUCAAUAGCAUUCAUCACUGGGUAGAGCUGGCCAAACUUCUUGAGAGAGGCAAGUUCCAUGGCAUAUUCAUUGCCGAUGUACUUGGGGCAUAUGAUGUCUACAAGGGUCCCCAAAAUCCAGACCCAGCAGUGAUAUCUGGUGCUCAAUGGCCUGUGAAUGAGCCUCUAUCUGUGGUUCCUGCCAUGGCAGCAGCCACGAAGAACAUUGGGUUCGGCGUGACUGUAGCUACUACAUACGAGCAGCCAUACCACCUUGCUAGGAGACUAAGCACCGUGGACCAUCUAACAGGUGGCAGGCUGGGGUGGAACAUAGUGACGGGAUAUUUGGACUCUGCAGCCAGAAACCUGGGCCACACUGAACAGCCGGCACAUGAUAAGCGAUAUGAGAUUGCCGAAGAAUACGUUGAAGUAACGUACAAACUAUGGCAAUCUUCGUGGAGAGAUGACGCGGUGAAGCUUGACCGCAAGAGCGUCGUCUACACCGACCCAACGUUGGUGCGCAAGAUCAACCACGUCGGUCCGUAUUAUACAGUGCCGGGGCCACACAUCUGCCAGCCAUCGCCACAGCGCACGCCCGUGAUCAUGCAAGCUGGCACCUCGAAAGCUGGAAAGACUUUCGCAGCAAGAAACGCUGAAGCCAUUUUCAUAGCUGGACAUCAGCCUGCGGUUGUCGCAAAGAAUGUUGCAGAGAUUCGGCAGCUUGCAAAGGAUGAAUUUCAUCGCGAUCCAAGCACGAUCAAGUUUCUGGCAAUGUUCUGCCCCAUUAUCGGAAAAACCCAGGAGGAGGCUCAAGCCAAAUACGAUGACUUGAUCCAGUACGGAUCUGAAGAUGGUGCUCUAGCCCUUUUUGGUGGAUGGACUGGCAUUGACCUGGCGCAGUAUGGCGAUGACGAGGAACUCCGCCAUGUGGAAUCAAAUGCAAUCCGCUCUGCAGUGGAAGGUUGGUCCAAAUCUAGCCCCGGUGUCCCGAAAUGGACGAAGCAUACUGUCGCCAACCACAUAAAGAUCGGCGGAUUGGGAGCGACAGUUGUCGGAACUCCCGAGCAUGUCGCUGAUGAGAUGGAGAGGUGGGUUACUGAAGCGGAUGUUGACGGCUUCAACCUGGCCUAUGCGCUCAUGCCCGCGUCGUUUGAGGAUGUGAUUGAGCACUUGCUACCGGUGUUGAGACAACGCGGGCUGUUCUGGGAUGACUAUGCCGUUGAUGGUGGCACAUAUCGUGAAAACCUUUACGGCAAACAGGGACUAAGUCGGCCGCCCGCUGAUCAUCCGGCUGCACAGUAUCAUUGGAGAGCAGAGGAGAGUUGAAAUACGGAA